AUGAAAAGCCUCAUGAGUAUCUACAUAUUUAAAUCAAAAGCUUAUCUUUAUCGAAUACCCAUCAUCUCUUUCAGAAGGGCAGCAGCUGAAGGCAGUGACAUGGGAAUCCAGAGAGCUGCAGUGAUCAAUGUGUCGUCCAUCCUGGGAUCUGUGCAGCUCAUCUGGGGCUCAUCUGAGAGUUACACAUACAGGCCAUCUAAGAGUGCCUUGAAUAUGGUUAUGAGGUGUUUGGCUACCGAUCUGGAAACUGAGAAGAUCUUGUGCGUCGCCCUUCACCCUGGUUGGGUGUGCACUGAUAUGGGCGGACCAGUGGCUCCUUUAAGCCCGGAGGAGAGCAUAUCAUCAGUUUUGUCUGUCAUUUCUGGAUUCACGGAGAAACAUCAUGGUGGAUAUGUGAUCUGAGUGCCAGAUGACCGCUGAGAAGCUAAGACCAGAAGAACAGCCGGCAGUAUUAAUUAUUCAUGUUUCAGUCUGCAUGUACCAAUCAAGAAGUAAAAUAGUAGGUCUUCUGAGAAUUGUUAUGGGUGUGUUU